UUUAGUGUGGGACUUGUAAUUUAUCUCUAUUUAAAACGCAUGCUUUCAUAUCAAUUCCCUACAAGAAAUGUGACCUUUAGCAGCGACAUUAGUUCACGCUCCUCUUCUCCUGUCACGUUCUCCUCUGAUCUCCUCUGCAAUUCACGCUUGCGUUGGGUCUCUUCGUCUUCUUCUUCUCUCACGUUCUCCCUCUGAUCUCCUCUGCAAUUCGUGCGUGCCAUUGCCAUCGAUUGACACAGCCAACACCGUAGAUCGCUUCCAUCGAACCCGCAGGAGUGCAUUGGAGAUAAAUCAAAGCUAAUUUGGAUGGAGUGCGUGGUUCAGGGAAUUAUUGAGACCCAGCAUGUUGAGGCCCUCGAGAUUCUUCUUCAGGGUCUUUGUGGUGUUCAUAAAGAGCGAUUGAGAAUCCAUGAAAUAUGCCUUAAAAGUGGCCCAAACCUUGGGGUUGUAGCUUCGGAGGUUCGACUCUUAUGCGAUCUUGAGCAGCCUGAAUCCACAUGGACUGUUAGACAUAUAGGAGGUGCAAUGAGGGGUGCAGGUGCUGAGCAAAUUUCGGUUCUAGUUAGGACCAUGGUGGAAAGCAAAGUUAGCAAGAAUGCGCUCCGCUUAUUUUAUGCACUAGGCUACAAGUUAGACCAUGAGCUGCUAAGAGUGGGAUUCACCUUCCAUUUCCAAAGGGGUGCCCAGAUCACUGUUACUGUGUCCUCAGUUAAUAAGAUGCUGAAACUACAUGCAACUGACGAGGCUGUGCCUGUAACACCUGGUAUACAGCUGGUUGAAGUGACGGCCCCUGCGUCAGCUGAAAAUUAUUCUGAAGUUGUUGCAGCGGUGUCAUCUUUCUGUGAAUAUCUUGCACCGCUCCUACAUUUGUCGAAACCAGGCAUUUCAACAGGGGUUGUUCCCACAGCUGCUGCUGCGGCUGCAUCUCUUAUGUCAGAUGGUGGGGGUACACCCUUAUAGCUGGAUUGUAAAAUUGCAAGAUUGUGGAGAGUUCUGUAUUUAUGGCGACUUCUUCCGGAGGCUCAGCAAAAGUUUGUCGUCUUUCAUAACUAAAACUAUAUGAAGUCUCUGUAGGGUCUCUGUUUAGAAAUCAGAGUUUUGAAAUGCUUUGUUUGAGGCUUUUGCAAAUCAAGCUAGUGAUAGAAUGUUUCACGUCGGUAGUUGAUUUCAUUUCA